UUUUUUUGCAUUUUUUUGUUGUUGUUUCAUAAUAUUAAGUGACAAUUGAUUAUCAUAUGAUAAUGAUGGACACGCUGUCGGAUCAGUUCAGCCUUCAAGAUCUGGUGGCACAGAAUCAUCACCAGCAUCACCAUAACGUACAAAUUGGCGACACACCGGGCGGUCAUAUGCAGACGUCGGGUGUUGUCCAGGGACACACCAAUAGCCAAGUGUUCUCAUCACCCCAUCAUCACGUGACCACACUGUUACCGCCGCCCGGCAUGUCAUCCAUGAGUUCACAUCAUCAUCAUCUGCAUCAUCUAAAUGCCAUGAGUUCGGCCAACUCGAUGGCCAGAAAUACCAGCGAUCAGCUACAGGAAAAUAGUUUACAUAAGAGAGCUCGUAUGACUAACGGUGGGGUAUAUCGGCCACACUUUCCCAGUCCAUUGCAUCCAUGGAUCUCAGCCGACGGCAAGUCACCAAUGGUGCCUCACCCGGCUCAUCAUCCGUCGGGUGCCAAUUGGUUUGGUGCGGCCGCUAAGGGAGCGGUCCAUCACUCGAGUCCAGCGGGAAUGGACGUUUCAGCACACGGGUCGGCGGCACAGUCGCAUUCUAGUCCACAUUUGUUCAGUUUUCCUCCGACGCCACCGAAAGACGCCACACCUGACACAGUAUCCGGUGGAAGCGGUUCUGCGUCGGGCAGUUCACAGGCCAAUGGUGGUCAUUCCGGUAACUCACUCGGCAACGAUUUUGCGAGUGGCAGCGCCAGUAGUAGCUCACAGGCGGCCAUCGCGUGCAGCAUCGGUUCGGACACAUUGUCAUCAGUAGCGGGUGGUGUCGGCAGUGAAAUGAAGCCGUAUUUUGUGAACGCAGCCACUCAUCACAAUAUGAUCACAUCCCUGGGAUCGGCCUUAACGAACUGCACGAGUAGUAAACCACGAGAAGGUACGAGUAGUUCAGCAAACUUCUCGCCCGGCAUUAAUCAGAGCGCACACCAUUCAUAUCAUACGUCGUCAAUCAAUCCCUACUAUCCCUCACCAUAUGUCGGCUCCGGCGGUGUCGGAUCGCCAACGUCCGGCACUGUCAAUGCCGGCUCUCCAUACGGUUAUAGCCAUCACUCCCAUCACAGCGCAUCGUCAUUGCUUAGCUCCAAAUCCAUGAACAGCUCCGGUAACUCAGGUCAGCACAACAAACAGAGGACUAAGGGAAGGUCCAGCGCCGAAGGUCGAGAGUGCGUUAACUGUGGCGCGACAUCAACGCCCUUAUGGCGCAGGGAUGGCACCGGACACUACUUGUGCAACGCGUGCGGGCUCUACCACAAGAUGAACGGUCAGAAUAGGCCGCUCAUCAAACCUAAGAGACGACUUUCUGCUGCACGUCGCGCUGGGACCAGUUGUGCCAAUUGUAAGACAACCACUACGACCCUAUGGCGCCGUAAUCAUCAGGGAGAACCCGUAUGCAAUGCAUGCGGUCUAUACUACAAACUACAUAAUGUGAACCGACCGCUAACCAUGAAGAAGGAGGGAAUCCAAACCCGAAACCGAAAGCUGUCAUCAAAGGGCAAGAAGAAGAAGGGUAUGAUUUCGAUGUCCGAUUGCAUCAAACCGUUCAACGAUCACAACAAGUUUGGAGGUUUCGGUCCCACACACGGACAGCUAUCGUCGGCUAUGAGCUCUAUGUCGGCCAUGUCGGCUGUUAACCACUAUAUGCAUCACUCGGCCGGCAAUAUGGGCGGCAUGAAUAUGGGCGGUAUGAAUAUGAACAUGAAUAUGAAUAUGAAUGGUAUGCCCAUAUCGAUGACGGGAUCACCGUUUAUGGCAACUCCAUCGAUGCAUAUGAGUAAUGCACAUCAUCCGAGUGGACUGUCCGGCCUAUCGCUGCCGACCAGUGGUUCGAUGCUCGGCGCCGGUAUGGUUGGUGCUAUGGCUUAGAGUUUAGACAAUAAUUUUUAGGCCACCAAACAAAAAACACACAACUAUUU